CGGCGCGUAGCGGAGGCUCGGGUUAAACCAUUCUCCCGGUCGCUGAGGGGGGGGGGGGGGGGGGGGAGCGAGGGCUCGGAGGGUGCCCCCUUCUUGCGCCCGCAGCGGCUGCUGGGCUUGUUGUUGUAGCUCCCGCCCGCGAGCUGUUCUCUCCCCCUUCCCUCCGCUCUCUGGUUGGUUUCGUCCCGUGCGGGCCAUAGCGACGGCGGGCGCGCUGGGGGAAGAUGGCGGCUCCGGCCUCCGCGCUGCUGCCGGCUCCGUGAGCGCGGCGCUCGCUCCUUUCUCCCUUCCCCUCCUCGCUCCUGCACCCCGUCCCUCCCCGUCUCUUCUCCUUCCCCGCCGGGGGCGUAGGGACCAUGUCGGACUCGGAGGAGGAGGAGAGUCCAGACCGCCAGCUCAAGCUAGUGGUGCUGGGCGACGGCACCACUGGCAAGACAUCCUUAGCUACACGUUUUGCCCAAGAAACAUUUGGAAAACAGUACAAACAAACCAUAGGACUGGACUUCUUCUUGAAAAGGAUAAUAUUGCCAGGAAAUUUGAAUGUUACUCUUCAAGUGUGGGAUGUAGGAGGGCAAACAAUAGGAGGCAAAAUGCUGGAUAAAUAUAUUUAUGGAGCUCAGGGUAUUCUUUUGGUUUAUGAUAUUACCAAUGGCCAGAGUUUUGAAAAUUUAGAAGACUGGUAUAAUGUGGUAAAAAAAGUGAAUGAAGAAUCAGAAAUACAGCCACUUGUGGCCGUGGUUGGAAAUAAAAAAUUACCUGAAAGGAAGAUUCAUGCAAAAUGGAUGUUUUCCGACUUAAAAAACCCCUUUGACUUGGAGCAUAUGCGCACAGUGAAAGUUGACAAGCAUCAGCGAUUUUGUCAGGAAAACAAUUUCAGUAGCCAUUUCGUGUCAGCCAAGACAGGAGAUUCUGUCUUCCUGUGUUUUCAGAGAAUUGCUGCUGACAUACUUGGCAUCAAAUUAAACAAAGCAGAAUUGGAGCAAUCACAGAGAGUGGUGAAGGCAGAUAUUGUCAACUACAGUCAGGAGCCUGUGACAAGAACCGUUAAUCCUCCUAGAAGCUCCAUGUGUGCCGUUCAAUGACCAUGCGAUUCUUCUCUGUUUUGAUACCUUUGGCAGUCGUCCUACCUUGACACAGGCUCUGGGUUUACCAGGAACUUUGUUUUAACAGUGACCGUCACAACAAUGCAAUUAGAGGUUUCAAAAACGUGUUGCACCAUUGUAUGUUGAGAAGCAGCAGGCAGUUUUCUGUCUGGCUGAAAUUCAAACAUGAGACCACACAUUUGUAAAAUUAAGAUCUAUAUUCUUUUAAAUUAUAUUUAAAUAAAGCAGUAUAACUGUGUUUAUACGUUUCCUCCUAUCUAUUUGACUGAUACUGGGAUAAAAAUGGAUGAAGUCGUCCUGCAUCCAGAAUACUUUUAAUGACAUCACCAUGGGAGGUUAUUUUGCCAAAGCAUUUUUAAAUUUUUUUUCUCUUUUUUGCAUCUGUGAUCUGAACUAACACUCAGCAAAAGUGGAAAAGCUUUUGCUGGAAUAAUUUUAAGCACAUAAUAUAUUUUAUCUAGGGAUAAUUUGGAAAAUAUUCCAUUAAUAUAUAUACAUAGUGCAAAAUGUACAAAUUGUAUCCAAUAAGAAACUGCUUGAAAUAAAGCUGUAAUAUAAAAAUAGUUUUCUGAAAUCUCGAGUUGUCUCCAUGGAUGCUCUGAAAAAUUCUUGUGUUUUUGUGUAUUUUUGUUACCACAUCAACAUUACUUCUUGCAGUAGUAGAUAUGCUCAUAUGUCUUCAUGAAUAUGGAUGAACCUCAGUCAACAGUUUGGGCUGUAAAUGUUGAGUGAUAUAUUCAGCAUGCAUUAGAAACUGUUGAUAGAUCAAUUAGGAUCAGUUGUUUUUAAUAACUAACUGAGUGACUUUUGACUUGCUCCUUUUUUCUUUCUAAUUCAGAGUAAAUGACAAAUAAAAAGCUGUCUGCUCUGUGAUCA